UGGACUUCGCAGGAACCAGGUUUCCUCCCAAAAUCCCUGCCUUCUCUUCUCCAUGCUCGCCCUCAAUGGACCGUCGAAGAGCGCCAAGCGGGUGCGGCUGCUCCGGUCACUGCAUACGACUUCGACGACGCUGGCAAUGAAGCAGAAGAAGGCAGCUAAAGAGCCCGCGUCGAAGCCCUCACGGAAGCCGUCGAAAGCCAGGGUCCCCUUGCGCCAGCACACCAAGGUCUCGCUGCAGCAGCAACUUGCAUAUGAUAGGUACCGCAGGGCGCAGGAGGAACAGCAGAAGGAGGCCGCCAAGUCCAAGAUCGACGACAAGAAGGCUGCUCCCUCCGAAUUCGCAGACGCGACGGCGAUGACUGUGCCGCGCUCUAAGCAUUCCUUGACGCCCGAGUUCUCCUCCCCACCGCUACUUCCUGGACUUCUCACGAGUCUGAAGGACUACAUCGGCCAUGAUGCGGCGCCUACCGACAUCCAGGCCCUCAGCAUGAAGUGGAUUCUCGACGAGGGCGCGAGCGCGUCGCAGUACGGCCAAUACCUGCUUGCAUCGGAGACGGGAUCCGGAAAGAGCAUAGCCUAUCUCCUCCCCGUUCUGCAGUCUGUCAAGCAGGCAGAGAUCUCCGGCCGUCCCUUGCGACCGUCACCCUCCCGCUUGUCCCCUCGCGCCCUCGUCCUGGCCCCCACCCACGAACUAGCACGGCAGCUUACCUCUUUCGCCAAGGGCCUCGUUCACAAUGCCAAACUGCGUGUCCUCUGCACAAGCCAGGCGAACAAACCCAGCACCCACGCGCGCCACGACAGGACCGCGCGUGCGCUCGAGCGCAACAUGGAUGACCUCUUCGGCGUCACGGGCGAGGAGGGCGAGUUCGAGAUUGCGCCGCCAAGCAGAUCGCAAGCGCGCGCCGCGGAUGUGGUGGUCGGCACACCGAUGAAGAUUCUGGAGAUGAAUCGGGGCAUAGGCUGGGAUCGCGCCGCGCGCGACGCGGAGGUGGAUAACAAUGGUCGUGAUCGGCGCCCUGGAAGUGGCGUCGCCGAGCUUGCAACGCGCACCGCAGAGACGCCGGGCAUUGGCUACGAGAAUGUGGAGUGGUUGGUCGUGGACGAGGCGGAUAUCCUCUUCGACCCCGACUUCCAGGAGUCCACCCGCCUGCUCAUGGCUGACAUCGCCGCCGCUCGCGGGCUGCCCAUCUCCCCCACCGUCAUCCCCGUGGAGCCCAAGAGCCGCACCAAGCCCGUCACCCCCACCCCCAACCUGCCCUCCAAGCGCCGACAACUCGCCCCCUCCCUCCCGUACAACCUCAUCCUGUCCUCUGCCACCAUCCCCGCUGCCCUCCUCGCCUACCUCGAUGCGCACCACCCGGACAUGGUCCGCCUCGUCUCCCCAGGCCUUCAUAAGCUCCCCAAGAACAUCCGCGUGCGGCACGUACCGUACACUUCCGGCACUGGUCGUGAGCGCGACGUCGAGCGCGAGAUGCGAAGGGUGUGGGCGGAGGAUGGAGGGAAGACGUACUCGAAGAUCGUCGUGUUCUGUAACAAGUCGACCAAGGUGCAGAGGUUGGCGGCACUUCUGGAGUCGAGGGGCAUCCGCGCGCUGGCGCUUACGAGCCGUCCGAGGCGAGGCGUCGCGGAAAAAGACGAUGCGGAAGACGGAGCGACAGAGGGCGAAGAGCUGCCGGUGGUGACCAGCGCGCGCGUGCGGGGCACCAACCGGUAUCUCGCGUCCUUUUUACGCCCCGCCGUCGGCCGCAAGAAGGCCUUCGAGGAAGAGGAGAGGGCGAAGGAGGCCGCCGCGCAAGCGGGCGAGACCACCGAAAAGUGGAAGCGCAACAUGGAGCUGCUAGAGCAGGCGCCCGCCCCCGCCCUCGAGGGCUUCUCGCACCCCGCGCUGAACGCCCCCGGCGGCAGCAUCGCGCAUCUUGGGCUCUCCGGCGGCGCGACGGCGGGCUCCAGCGCCAUCGCCAACUCCUACACCUCCCCCAGCGGCCUCGCCAUUCCCUCCCACUCCCCACAGGCAUUCCCCAAGUUCGCCCCCUCCGAGGCGCCUCAUGUAUUGAUUACCACGUCCCUCCUCUCGCGCGGACUUGACUUCGGGCCCGACGUGCGGACCGUGUUUAUCAUGGACGAGCCGAGGAACAUGGUCGACUUUUUGCACCGCGCGGGGAGGACGGGACGCGCUGGCAAGAUGGGCGAGGUGGUCGUGUUCUCGAAGAUGAAGGGGAGGGGGAGCGCGAGCUCGAAGGAUAUGAAGAAGCGGGUGUCGCAGUUGAGGAGAUAGAUGGGUCCUCCUUACUGAUUGGGCGGCCACGAUAGGUGUGCUUGCCCCUUUGCUUCUCUUAGUACCCCUCCUCUGCAUCGUCUAUCACCACCACUUAUUGUACAGCCUAUAAUCCCAUCUCAUCCCUGCUCAUUGGGGCGUCCCAUCUCGAGCAACUUUCGGCUACGGAG